CAGGGGGACAACCUAAUUCAGGGAGCAAUUCACCGGAUGAAGUCUGAUGGGGAAGUAUGGGGACAACUCCUUGGUCACUACUUGCAUGAAGGUCUGUGAGAUUUAGGUGCUUAACUGGGGUCUGGAAGAAAAAUCUGUUCUCUUCAUUAUCAAAUAGCAGACAAAAUAUAAAUCAGCUACUGCAACUUGUAUUUCAGAAAGGUUCAGAAGAUUUGGAUGCCUUGUUCUUUUACAUUCAGCAGUCAUUAAUUCACCUUUACCCCUCCUUUUCUUUACCUUGGGACCCACCUGUCCCUGUUCAGACCUGCAACACCUUUCAGGCAUUCCAUGUCAACACUUGUGAGGUCAUCAAGGUUAACACCUGCGGGUUAUGCCCCUUGUUCUCCUGGAGACAAGGUGUGUGAGACACCAGUCAGUGUCCAGCAGCUGCAGCCGGUUCUCUGCUCCCUCCCUUCUAACUUCUUUUCUCCACAGCAGCAAGAUGUCAGAGGUAGAAAACACUUUCCGCAAGUUUGCGACAUACGGUGACGCAGCUGCCAGUGGCAAUAGCAUGACAGGGAAGAACUUCUCCAAGAUGUGAGAGUGUGGGGUGAUGGAUGGGAAAGCCGUGACCAGCACUGACAUUGACAUCGUAUUCAACAAAGUCAAGGCCAAGGGUGCUCGCACCAUCACCUUUGCUGAGUUCCAGCAGGCCAUGAAGGAGCUCUGUGUGAAGCACUUCAAGAACAAAUCACCAGAGCAAGCGCUGCAGGCUGUGUAUGGCCUCACUGAGGGGAAGGAGCCCAGCCACAUGGUCACCACGAAAGCCACUGAGGCUGGCGGCAUAGAGAGGCUGACAGACACGAGCAAAUACACUGGGACCCACAAAGAGCGUUUUGAUGAGAGUGGCAAAGGAAAGGGUCUUGCUGGCCAAGAGGAUCUGACAGACAACAGCAGCUGUGUUGGAGCCUACAAGGGGGCUGGAACCUAUGACAAGACACACUAGGACUGGAAUUACUUAAGGAAAUAAGGACUUUCCCUCUAUAACAUGGGAGAAGAAGCAAAUAAAUAUCUCAUACAAGCAG